CUGAUUCCUCCUCCGCGACCACUCACGACAAGCCUUGCUGUUCCUUCGAAACGUGACAUUGGCGGAUACGACUACAAUGAACGAGGCGUACUUGUAAAAAAUCCGGUCAUCGAGCAUAAGCCAACCGAUUUUUACGAUGUUCCCCGAGGGGAGACAAACUUUACCGCUCUGAAGUACAAAGGAAACUUUUGGAGCAGAAUGAAGGGUAGAGAUGACGAACGGACUUCCGUGACCCCGGGUCCCGGGGACUACGAGCACGAAACAAAGAAAAGUCCCGUCCAAAUCCGCGACGAGAGAACUAGGGAAGCGAAAAGAGCCGCCGCUAAGCAGCCACGUUUCUUGGAAGCUUUGUACCAGCAAAAAUUACGCCAAAACUUUCCAGCUCCCAAUCACUAUGACUUACCAAAAAGCGUAUUCGAUAAAUAUAAACAUAUUCUGUGUAAAUGUGGCUCUUUUAUGGUAGAAUCGCCGCCAUUCAAUCAAUCUGCGAAGAGAUUCGAGGAAAAUUUUCAAUCAGAUACACUCGGACCUGGAACUUAUGAAAUUACGGUUCCGCAAAUUUGUUACGGUUCUAUUCUUCAUGCACCGUUUGGUGCUUUCGAUGAUCGUUUCAAGAGAAUUAUCGAAGAGGUGCUGCCAGGUCCUGCAGAUUACCAUACGGAUAUCGGAACUUUAGCCUUUGAAUCGGCAAAACGUCUUAAAAAUAAACAUGAAAAAAUGUUUGACUACAUAAAAUUUUGUAAAACACUACCAUCGAUAAGCGACGAUGAUGAAUAUAUGGUAAUGGAUGAAUGUCAAGUAAUGAUGAAAGUAGACGAAGGAAAGUGUCCGGUAUAUCAUGCAGUCUUCAAAUCAAGAGUAGAUAGAUUUCCAAAAAUUCGCAAAAAUGGUGAUGUACCGGAUUCAGGUGCUUACGAAGUUUUAUCAGCCUUCAAAGCUAAUCGUGAUAGAUGCGAUUUCCUUUGUCGACGAUUAGCUCCACCCUUCGGCUCUCGCGCUAGUCGGUUUCCGAUGAUACCAGAAGGCGAUUUCCAUGUACCAGGUCCAGCACACUACGAUCUCAGGGGAGAUAUAUCAAAGAACGUGAAAAAUGGCGUGAUAUAUUCUGCUCCUCGUGAAAAAAAAAUGGAUGUCAAAGGACCAGGACCAUUUCAUUAUCACAUACAUCCAUACAUUACGUCAUCCGUUAUGAAAAAGUCAUUUAAUGUCAGACUCGGUCAACCAAAGACCAUUCAAAGAAUUAAUGAAGUCCAAACUCCUUGGCAACAUCGACGAUUGAAAAAAACACUUCGUUGGUUUGCUAUACCUCGCGAAAAAUAUCAACAUUGCAAAAGGGAAUCCAUUUGGGAUUACACGACAUACGUGAAUCCGGUUAUCAUCCAACGCAAUGCCAUGGCAGCUGACACAUAUCACAAAUACAAGAAGGAUACUCAAUUGGCAACAAAUUUGAAAACAAGAAUAACGAUUGUAAUAUGGCUCCAAUAUUAUAAGGAGGAUAUUCUGCUUUUAAAAAGCAUUAGUACUAAAAUGUUUAAGAUGUCCUUGUCAUGGGUAAGAAUUUUGCUGCACGGCUUCAGAAACUUCGUUAACGAAGAUGCUAUACGACACUAUAACGAUGUUAUUAAUGAAAUUAUAACGAAUGAUGUGACACUCAUAAUUACCUCAUUUGACUGGGAUUUACCGCUCAAUUUAUAAUUUUUGGAUGAAUGUACCAAUUUUAUGCUAGCGGAACAAUUUCAGAAUUAUCUACGUUAAGAAUUCAAAAUAAUAUUUAAAUCCUUCGGAUACGAGGUGAAAUGUUGGGUUACCAUAAACGAGGCGAAUUUGAUGGCAUAUGCUGACCGCAAUAUGCGUACAGCGACAAUUAAUCAAUUUGGCAUUACAGAUUAUCAUUGCGGUUAUCAUGCGCUAUUAGCGUACACGAAAGUGUGUAACGUGUAUAAUGAAAAUUUUAACCAGUUACAAAAUGAUAUGACUCGGAUGAUUACAGCGUUGGCAAUCAUCAAAUUAUUGAAGCAGUUGAAUAACCAUUACAUGUUACCCGAAGUUUACACAACUGAAAACGCUUACGCCGAUAUUGGGAAAAUUGCGAAUAACGGAGAAAUAGUAGAUGUAAACAGAAUAAUUUAUCUUCGACAGUAUAUAUCGCAAGUUAUGAAAGCUACGUAAAAAGACAUCAAUAUUCGCGGUUAUUUGAUUUGUUUGUUAAUCUGCAAUUUUUCACGAUAUGCAAAAUCCUUUUGUGAUUAA